CCGAAAAGGAUGGCUAGGGCUCCACGCUGAGGCAAAGAAGGGUGGGCUGUGCCGAAGCUGGAGCCCGAGCCGGAGCCGGAGCUGGAGCUGGGGCCUGAGCCGGAUUCGAAGCGCUACCAUGUCCACCCAGAGGCUUCGGAAUGAAGACUACCACGACUAUAGCUCCACGGACGUGAGCCCUGAGGAGAGCCCGUCGGAAGGCCUGAGCAACUUCUCCCCUGGCUCCUACCAGCGUUUUGGGGAAAGCAGCAGCACAACAUGGUUCCAGACCUUGAUCCACCUGUUAAAAGGCAACAUUGGCACAGGACUCCUGGGGCUGCCUUUGGCAGUGAAAAAUGCAGGCCUCUUGAUGGGUCCUCUCAGCCUGCUGGUGAUAGGCAUUGUGGCCGUACACUGCAUGGGUAUCCUGGUGAAAUGUGCUCAUCACUUCUGCCGCAGGCUGAACAAACCCUUUGUGGACUAUGGGGACACUGUGAUGUAUGGUCUAGAAUCCAGCCCCAGCUCCUGGCUCCGGAACCACGCUCACUGGGGAAGGCACAUCGUGGACUUCUUCCUGAUYGUCACACAGCUGGGAUUCUGCUGUGUCUAUUUUGUGUUUCUUGCUGAGAACUUUAAACAGGUGAUAGAAGCAGCCAACGGGACCACCACCAACUGCCAUGACAAUGAGACGGUGAUUCUGACGCCCACCAUGGACUCCAGACUCUACAUGCUCUCCUUCCUGCCCUUCCUGGUGCUGCUGGUCUUCAUCAGGAACCUCCGCGUCCUGUCCAUCUUCUCCCUGUUGGCCAACAUCAGCAUGCUGGUCAGCCUGAUCAUGAUCUACCAGUACAUUGUUCAGAAAAUCCCUGACCCCAGAAACCUUCCCUUGGUGGCAUCCUGGAAAACCUACCCUCUCUUCUUUGGCACGGCCAUCUUUGCAUUUGAAGGCAUCGGAAUGGUGCUGCCUCUUGAAAACAAAAUGAAGGAUCCUCAGAAAUUUCCACUCAUCCUAUACUUGGGGAUGGGCAUCGUCACCGGCCUCUACAUCACCCUGGGAUGCCUCGGGUACCUGCAAUUUGGAGCUGAUAUCCAAGGCAGCAUCACCCUCAACCUGCCCAACUGCUGGUUGUACCAGUCUGUUAAGCUGCUCUACUCCAUUGGCAUCUUCUUCACCUACGCGCUCCAGUUCUACGUUCCGGCUGAGAUCAUCAUCCCCUUCUUUGUGUCCCGAGCGCCUGAGCACUGCGAGUUGGUGGUGGACCUGUUCGUGCGCACGGUGAUGGUCUGCCUGACGUGCAUCUUGGCCAUCCUCGUCCCCCGCCUGGACCUGGUCAUCUCCCUGGUGGGCUCCGUGAGCAGCAGCGCCCUGGCCCUCAUCAUCCCCCCGUUGCUGGAGAUCACCACCUACUACUCAGAGGGCAUGAACCCCCUCACCAUUGCCAAGGACGCCCUUAUCAGCAUCCUGGGUUUUGUGGGCUUUGUGGCGGGGACUUACCAGGCCCUUAAUGAGCUGAUCCAGCCAAGCAGUGCUCCCAUCUCCAUCAACUCCACCAGUGCCUCUGUAUAGUGAUCUGGGUGCCUUCUCUGCACCUGCCUACCCCCACCCCUGUGUGUGCCCCCAGUACCUGUCCCCAGAGCCUUGAUGUGGUCAGCCUCUGGGAAAUGCAGGCUCUGUCUGGGUACCCUUCUAUGUGGCAUCUGGGUGCCCUGGCCUGGGUAAGACUGGGGGUGGGGGCGGGGCAGGGAGACACCUGGGAGGUGCACUAGGGACAGCUCUAUGACAGCUCAUUUGUACCUAUUUUAACCCAGAACUUUCUGUUCUCCCCCUCCUCAUGCCCUCGCCCUUAGAACCUCACCCAGAUUCUCCCCGUUGCACAGCUCACUUUAACAAUUUUAGUCCCCCGUACCUGCUGUUUCCUCCUGUCCCAGGCCAGACCCAGAUUCAAAAAGUGGGAGCCUCCCCUCUUUAUAAAGCCAGGCCUCUUUCUAAUCUCUUUCCC